AUGGAACACGGCCAAAAUAUCAUUUCAGACGCCGACGUGAUGGGAGAGAAAGCGGAGAUGACCCAUGAGGAAACGGUACACUUGGCUUGUCUCAGCCCUGAGGAAAAGGUGCUUGAGAUAAAGCUUCGACGUCGCAUAGAUUUCUUGAUCAUGCCUUUAGUUAUUUUGGUUUAUCUGAUGAACUAUAUUGACCGCAACAAUUAUGCCGCCGCCAAACUUCAAGGUCUGAUGACUGAUCUCAAUCUCGAUGGUCAGCAGUAUCAGACCGGUCUUUCCAUUCUCUUCGUUGCAUACAUCCUGAUGCAGGUACCAUCCAACCUCCUCCUAAAUUAUAUGGGCCGACCAUCUCUCUAUCUUGGAUUCUUCGUUGUUGCAUGGGGGCUGGUCUCUGCAUGCACAAGCCAGGUCACAAGCUAUGGAGGAAUUGUGGCUUGUCGCUUCAUCCUGGGACUUGUUGAGGCCCCAUUCUUUGCCGGAGUUCUGUUUUACCUGUCCAAGUGGUAUACUCGCGCCGAGUUGGCUUUUCGUAUGAGCCUGUUCUAUUCCGGCUCUCUGAUUAGUGGUGCAUUCGGCAACCUCAUUGCGGCCGGUAUCCUUACUGGACUUGCUGGUAAGCGAGGAAUGGCUGCCUGGCAAUGGCUUUAUAUUAUUGAAGGGUCAAUCACCUGCUUUAUCGGAAUUGCUAUAUGCUUCAUCCUACCCGAUUUCCCCGAUACCUGGCGAUUGCUUUCACCCGAGAUGAGAGCUGUCGCAAUUCGAAGAUUGGCUAUCGAAGCUGCUGAAGCCGACAUUGAUGACGAAGGGGGCUCGGGAACUAGUCAACUCAAGGGUCUCAAAAUGGCUUUGACUGACAUCAAAACAUACAUUUUAUCGUUCGCAUAUAUGUGCAUCGCCGGUGGGGGAGGUUUCCAGUAUUUCUUUCCCACACUAGCAGAGACAUUGGGGUACAACAACACCAUCUCCCUAUUAUUAGUCGCGCCACCAUAUGUGUUUAUGGUAUUCUAUAGUCUUUUCCACAGCUGGCUAUCCGACAAAUUUGGUAUGCGAUUCUGGUUCUUCGUUUAUCCUAUUCCUAUUACAAUCGCCGGAUUCAUCAUUUUCAUGACAACGGACUCAUUUGGCCCUCGCUAUUUUUCUCUCUUCUUGAUGAAUUUUACAUUUGCUCAAAACGGUACUCUCUUCUCCUGGAUGGCAACAUCUAUGCCUCGACCUCCUGCCAAACGAGCCGCUGCUUAUGCCUUCUUCAACUCCAUCGGAAAUUCGGCUUCGAUCUGGACUCCGUUUACUUACUACAGUUCACAAGGGUCGCACUACCCAGUGGCACUAGGCAUUUGCAUUGCCUUGCAAUCACUCAGUGGCCUUUCUGCUAUGGUCCUAUACUUCAAUCUCAGAAUGCUUAAUAAACGCCAGGAAAGAUUGGAGAAUGAGAGUGGAGAGAUACAACUCACUGAAAAGGAGUUAAGACGCCUGCAGGUCACAGCUGAUGCUGAAGGAAUUGAUAUUGCUGCCGCUCGCCGGUUACAGAAGGGCUUUCGGUAUAUGCUUUAG